UGAUCUUCACGUCCCCCCAACGACCCCUUAAAAACCGUCAACUCACCCUGAUCAACUUUCAAUCCCUAAUCAAUCGUUUCCCUCGAGAUAAUAACAAUGCCCCUGUGAUAUAAUAUCACGCGCUGCAAUGAUAGCGCCCACGCUUUCUCACUCACCCCCACCAUCGCCCAGUCUUGGAGAAAAUUAUUGUGAUAAUCAAAAGUGAUAAACAUCGUAGUGAUCCUUGUGCAUAACCAUCAGGGAUACAACUGUCGUUGAUUUAUCGAAGAAACAUUGUCACUGUCUCGUCACCUGGUAAUCAAUGGAUAUGAUUAUUCCAUCGGAAUUAAUAUUCUAGUGUAACACCGAGGCUCCGACCAAGUGGACACAGAACACAAUAAAUUAAGAUGGAUGAAAAACGCGAGUCGAACAUGACAGACGACGAGGAGGACACAGAGAAUAUAAUAAUAAACGAAGUCGACGGGCUCCCAAAUUUGCACCCAAAUUUCCAACAACUCGACCUCGAUCUCAGCGACGAUAGAAGUAGAAGUGAUAAAAGUGUUAGAACACUAGACGAAUUGGUUCACGACGAGGAUCUGCCAAUGUCUGUUAUCGUGACAAACGUAGAUCCUCGUGUAUUCAAAUGUGACGAACUUAAGGCUGAUAUCGAACAUCUAUUUAAACAAUUUGGGGAGGAGGCGACAUUUCAGUAUUUCAAAUCAUUCAAAAGAAUGAGAGUCAACUACAACUCACCCAGUGCCGCUGCUCACGCUCGAAUACAAUUGCAUCAAACACGUCAUGGGGAAACUGAUAUAAAUUGUUAUUUUGCCCAGCCAGUGACGCCAAUAGACAUAGAAGAUCAGCAUCUCCAGCCGCCAGCCCUCACAAAACAGUUCCUAAUAUCCCCUCCAGCGUCUCCCCCCGUUGGAUGGCAGCCCAAAGAGGAAGGUGAACCACUAGUUAAUCAAGAUUUACUGGCUGCCAUUGCCAAUUUAUCUCCAGGAGGAACACACGAGUUGCAUGCAGGAGGCUCUGGUCAGCCCGGCAUCGUGGUUCACGUCUGUGAGACUACGAAUCCCCCCCAGAGACAUCCCCCCAUCCAACACACACGUUGUCCCGAGCAUUAAAUUAUCCCCCGAUCAACUGCAACAGAGUCAAUGGCAAAUGAUAUCGAUUGAAUCCAUCCAGACAAAAAACACGAAAUAAAAGUCACGAGAAAGGGAAUAAAAAUCCAAUUUGAGGCAUUCCGAAGAACCCCGGAAAUAUAUAUCAAGACCAGGUAUAAAGAGAUAAUACGUGUCAUGCAAAACUGUUUAAUUUUCAAUUUCAAUUGUGAUCUCAGAAGCUUCAUACAUGUUACUGUGCGCAUGUUUCAUUUCCAUUCGCUGUGGAGAAAUAAUCUAACUCGAAAUUAUAUUAAUAUUUAUGGAGAAAAAGGGAGAUUAACAUGUUAAAUGCAAGCUGGCUGUCCUGUAUUUUAGCGCUGAAGUGAAAUAAUUAGGUGAAGACACUGGGAAUCAUCUCGUUAUUUCACUCCACAACUCAUUCGUUUAUUCUAUAUCUGAAUGUACCUACGAGUACGUGUUCUCGUUACUUGAUACACGAAAAAAUUUCAUUGAAAAACCUAGUGAAUUCUGUACAAUACAAUUUUACAAAUUUUUUUUUCACUCCAU